AUGCACGACCUCCAACGAAAAGUGGCAUUGGUGACCGGCCUGGGCCAAAGCGAGGGAGAGGGUUGGGGCAUCGGAGCUGCGUGUGCAGUUGUUCUCGCCAGACAAGGUGCGAAAGUGUUUGGCGGCAAUCGUACUCUCGAUUCUGCUAUUCGUACACAGAAGCGUAUCCAGGAAGAUGGCGGCAUUUGCGACGUUGUCCAAGCCGAUGUGACCAGCUCAACCUCUGUGCAAGCGCUCGUGCAGGCUUGCCUCGACAAACACGGCCGAAUCGACAUACUCCUCAACAAUGUCGGACGAUCCGAGCCUGGCGAUCCUGUUUCCAUGUCUGAGGACACUUGGGAUGCACAGAUGGACAUUAAUCUGAGGAGUGUCUACCUGACGUGUCACUUUGUGUUGCCUGUUAUGGAAUCGCAGGGCUCAGGAUGUGUCGUCAAUAUCGGCAGCAUUGCAGGACUGCGAUACAUUGGGAAACCUCAGAUCGCCUACAACGUGACGAAGGCCGCUCUGUUGCAGUUUGCGAAGGCUACUGCUGUGAUCUAUGCGAAGAAGGGAGUACGCUUGAACACGGUGGUUGCUGGCUUAAUGGAGACUCCAUGCACAUUUCAGAUGGCGACACGAUAUGCAGAUGGCGAUUAUGAGAAGUUCAAGAAUACGAGAAAUGCGAAGGUGCCGAUGGGUCGCAUGGGAGAUGCUUGGGAUGUUGCAUAUGCUGCACUGUUUCUUGCAUCGGACGAGGCGAGGUACAUUACGGGGCAGGAGAUCGCUGUAGAUGGAGGCAUCACUUGUUCGACUGGGCCUGUAUAAUUGUGAGCUGGUGAUAGACCUGGUCGCUUUAUCUUAACACUGUAAC